UGAUGGAGGGUCUACUGAGAGGUGUUUGGGAAGGACACUAUGUUUCCCUGUGUCUCCUCCUGGCCCUCUUCUGAUCCCACUGCCGCUCUGGGCCAUGCUCCGCCCAUUCCCCCGGUACAGCCGCCCAAUCAGCCACUGCCUGACCUGCUGCGGAGCUGUGUUGUGCUCCCUUCCUCGUCCACGCGCCUGAGCUCUUGUACCAGCGAGAUGGAGUCCAUGAUUGUGGUGACGGAGUACGAGCCCAGUGGUGGCUCAGGGCAGGAGGGCGGAGAGGAGGAGGAGGUGGAGGACAUGGACAGCUCGGAAACGCCAGAGCCGGCGUCGUCAGGUCCAGUCCCGCCCUUCCGCAUGGUCUCCUGUGAUCUGUUAUCCCACACGGUGGGCCGCCCGGAAGCGCUCUUCCCAGAACCACAGGAGCACAGAGGUAGACUGAGCCUCUCCGACAGGAAGCUGUCACUACAGGAACGCUCGCAGACGCUUUCGUCGCCCUGCGGUUCACCGGGGCUGAACGGACGCUAUAUUUACCCAUCGCUGCCCUACUCGCCAAUCACCUCCCCUCACUCGUCUCCACGCCUCCCUCGAAGACCAACCGUGGAGUCUCAUCGUGUCUCCAUCACAGACCUGCAGGACUGCGUGCAGCUCAACCAGUACAAGCUGAAAGAUGAGAUCGGAAAGGGCUCCUAUGGAGUUGUCAAGCUGGCGUACAAUGAAGACGACAACAUGUACUAUGCCAUGAAAGUGCUGUCCAAGAAACGACUGAUGAGGCAGGCUGGGUUCCCGCGCAGACCUCCUCCUCGUGGGGCAAAAUUGGCCCCUGAGGACCCCCCUCAGCCCAAAGGGCCUCUGGAGCGUGUUUACCAGGAGAUAGCCAUCCUCAAGAAGCUUGAUCACCCUAACGUGGUUAAGCUUGUGGAGGUGCUGGAUGAUCCAAGUGAGGACCAUCUGUACAUGGUUUUCGAGCUUGUCAAACGAGGAGCGGUGAUGGAGGUUCCUACUGAUAAGCCCCUGGAUGAGGACCAGGCACGCUUCUACUUCCAGGACUUGCUGAGAGGAAUUGAGUAUUUACAUUACCAGAAAAUCAUUCAUCGGGACAUCAAGCCUUCCAACCUGCUUGUGGGGGAAGAUGGCCAUGUUAAAAUUGCCGACUUUGGGGUCAGUAACCAGUUUGAGGGAGCAGACGCCCUCCUGACCAGCACAGUUGGGACGCCAGCGUUUCUCGCCCCAGAGACCCUCUCAGAGACCCGCAAGAACUUCUCUGGAAAGGCUCUGGAUGUGUGGGCAAUGGGAGUCACCUUAUACUGUUUCAUCUUUGGAGUGUGUCCGUUUAUGGAUGAGCGUAUUUUGAGCCUCCAUCAGAAGAUCAAGACCCAACCGGUGGAGCUUCCAGAGAACGCGGACAUAUCAGAUGACUUAAAAGACCUUCUGUUUAAAAUGUUGGACAAGAAUCCUGAAACCAGAAUUACCGUCCCACAAAUCAAGGUGCAACCAUGGGUGACGCGGCACGGCGCUGAGCCCCUCCCCCCUGAGGACGACAACUGCUGCAGCCUGAUAGAAGUGACAGAGGAGGAGGUGGAAAACUCUGUCAAGCACAUCCCCAGCCUGGCCACCGUGAUCUUGGUUAGGACUAUGCUGCGCAAGCGUUCUUUUGGGAACCCGUUUGAUUGGGGCCGCAGGGAAGACAGGAGUCCCGCCGCACCAGGACACACGCUAUCAAAAGGGAGAGCAGGGAGUUUGAAAUACUGCCGCAAUCUCAGUACCCCCAGGAAACAAGAGAGCGAGGAAGGCAUGCGGAGUAUGGACCUGCCCUUCGUGGGCGAGGAUGAAGUUCUUUCCUGAUAGUUGUGGGUGUUUUGCCCGGGCGAAAUGCGCAAGGAUGGGGCUGUCGUGGCUGCCGGAAGGCCAGGAUAUGGACCUGGGGCUGGGGCGUGGAUAGGAAGAUGGAAGGAAGGAAGAAA